AUGGUGGCGAUCCCUAUCAGAGUGAUUACGACUUUGUGGCUGCGAAACAGGACCUUUCGGUUUAUCGCCGCCAUGGCCAUGCAGUUGCGGGAGGUGUUGCUCCCUCAGGUCAUGGGCCAUGACCACGCCGAAAAGACCCAAAUUGCCGCAUCGAUCGUCGCAGAGUCUGAGCAUGAAAUCGGCCACGAGAGUUUCCGACAGAUCCUGGAGACAACGAUCACGCAUUGCCCCAACAUCAACAAUCUUCGAGUCGACCCUGGCGACAACUCUUUAUCUGUCGCCGACCUUGUCCGCUUGAUCCAGGUUUACCCCAAGGGACUUCAGUUCUUUAUAAUCGCCAUGCCUAAGACGGACCAAGACCAGAUCCUCAAGGCCAUCUUGCGGACGUCGCGCUCGACCCUCGACAGCUUUUAUUUGGACUUCGGAGCGUUUACGCACGUAGCCAUCCCAGAGGCCAGUAUUCAUCACCUAUCAUCCGAAAAUGCUCCAAACUGA